AUGCUCCUCACCCCUCUCCUCGCAAUCCUCUCAAUCACCUCGGCGCUUUGCCGGGCCGCUGCGGUCCCCGUCCCACCUAUUAGAGACGAUGUGCCCACGCCCUUCUCUCUCCAUUCCGACCCGGAUCUCGCGGUCUUGACUCCACUCCCCAGCGUCUUACCAGUCAAAUUGCGUCAGACUACCAAGGAGGACAUUCUUCGCCGGGCGACUAAAAGGGUGACCGCCCCUCGGGCCUUCUCAUCCACCUCCCCCAAUGGCUUUACCGGCAAGGCAUUCGUGCUUCAGCGAACUGGCAGUGGAUCCUACCUCGGCCAGACGGCAACCACCGCCACUCUCACUCAGGGUUACACACUCCAGACGGCGACGCGAUUCAUCGUUGAUUCUCAAAAUCGGGUCGUUACGGAGACCGGUGGUCUGAUCUUAUACACGCUCAGCGCCAGCACCGGUCCGUCCGAAAUCAGAACCGGAGAUACAGCUACCGCAACCGCCAAUGCCCUGACGUGCAAGAACAACUCGUCCAACUCUCUCUCCUGCACUCGCUUCGCCGCCGCCACGCCCGGACAAUUCUGCCUUGCCCAGGGUUCGACAAGCCCAGAUGCGGGAGAAACGGUCAAAACAGUGGCUGGCUUUGGCAAUACAUGUACAUCGUUCAAGGUCUUAUCUCUCACUGUGGUGGACAUUUAG